AUGGAGAAUUACGUCGGUGAGAGUGGAUUUUCUCCUCUAAACCAAACCAUCUUAAUACGUGAUCAAGAACAAUUGAAAGAAGAAAAUUUUCCAUUCAAAGUCGUUGACCAAUCAAAGCCCGCAAGCUUCCUUCAAGACUUUCACCAUCUUGAUCAUGAUCAUCAUCAUGGGUCUAUAUCUUCAAAUCUUUUGCUUGGUAUCCAAACUAGUCCUUCUUGUGUCAAUUUUUCUCCUUUCGAGCAUUACUCUUGCCAAGAAAACAUGGUCGAUGAACAUUACUCUUGCCAAGAAAACAUGGUCGAUGAACAUGGUCCUAUGGACAUGGAACAAAACAACACGAUGAUGAUGAUGAGGAUGAUCCCUUUUGAUUACCCUCCUAGAGGGAUCACCAAGCCUAUAAACUUCGUGAUGCCAUAUGAAGUUUCAUGUGUUUCAGCAGAUAAUGACUCGUAUAAAGCGAUGAGUCUCAACAAGACCAAACCAAGUCUGACAAGAAAGUUGUCUUCAUCCUCGUCUUCAUCAUUAUGGAAAGGAAAGGAAAAAACAACAUUAAUCAAAGGACAAUGGACUUCUAAAGAAGACAGGAUACUGAUUCAACUUGUGGAGAAAUACGGAUUACGAAAAUGGUCACAUAUAGCACAAGUAUUACCGGGAAGGAUUGGGAAGCAAUGUAGAGAGAGAUGGUAUAACCAUUUGAGACCUGACAUUAAGAAAGAAAUAUGGAGUGAAGAAGAAGACAGAGUGUUAAUAGAAUUUCAUAAAGAGAUUGGAAACAAAUGGGCAGAGAUUGCCAAAAAACUUCCUGGAAGAACAGAGAAUUCAAUCAAGAACCAUUGGAACGCGACAAAGCGAAGACAAUUCUCUAAGAGAAAGUGCAGAUCUAAGUAUCCAAGAUCUUUUCUGUUGCAGGAUUACAUAAAGAGCCUGGAUUUGGGAGCUUUGUCUUCUUCCUCGGUUCCUGCAAGAGGUAGACGCAGAGAGAGUAACAAGAAGAAGGAUAUUAGAGGGGUUGAGGAAAAGAAGAAGAAUAAGGAAGUUGUACUUUGUGGACAAGAUAGGAUUGUGCCUGAAUGUGUGUUUAUUGAUGACUUUGGAUUCAAUGAGAACCUGCUUGAGGAAGGAUGUAGCAUUGACUCAUUACUUGGUGAAUUUCCUCAGCCUGACAUUGAUGCUUUUGCUCAUGGAUUCUGA